GAUAUUUCAGCAACUCUGGUACAUCUACUCAUCAUAUACCCCCAGUCGCUAACUAAGCUACAGCUAGGCUAACUAGCUGCUGUAAAGUGUAAUGUAGUCACUCACACUAAAUGAAAGAGCUUCCAGAGUGAUUUGACAAUGGACUUAAGAAAUAUCAAGGACCAGUCCCCACUGGUCCAGGCUAUAUUCAGCAGAAAUGUAGAAGAAGUGACAUUUUUGUUGAGCCAGGAGGAAGAUGUGAAUUCUCUGGACCAAGAACAAAGCACACCCCUUCAUGUUGCUUCUUAUUUGGGUGAUGUUCGCAUUAUGGACCUACUUAUUACUUCAGGUGCACAUGUCAACGCUAAGGACCAGGGUUCACUGACACCUUUACAUCGAGCUGCUGCCUCAAGAAAUGAAAGAGCAGUGCAGCUGCUACUAAAGCAUGGAGCAGAGAUUAACACACGGGACAAAUUCUGGCACACACCCUUACACAUGGCAGCAGCAAACUGGUCUACUGGCUGCGCUUCAGCUCUGAUACCACACGUGUGCAGCCUCGAUGUCGCUGACAGGUCAGGAAGAACACCACUACAACAUGCAGCGCACAGCGGCCACGGAGAGAUGGUGAGCUUGCUCCUGAGCAAAGGUGCCACUGUGAGUGCCAAAGACAAGAAGGAAAGGCAGGCAAUCCACUGGGCUGCAUACCUUGGUCAUGUCGAAGUUGUGAAGUUGCUGCUAUCGCACAGCGCUGAUGUAAUGUGCAAGGACAAACGUGGUUACACUCCACUUCAUGCUGCAGCUGCUGGUGGACAGUUGGAAGUGGUCAAAUAUUUGUUGAAACUGAUGAUGGAGAUUGAUGAACCCAACAUUUAUGGGAACACAGCACUCCACAUGGCCUGUCACACGGGGCAGGAUGGUGUGGCCACAGAGCUGGUGAACUGUGGCUCCAACAUCAAUCAGCCUAACCACUAUGGCAGCACGCCUCUGCAUCUGGCUGCUGCCUCUGCCAGUGGGGUGCUGUGUCUGGAGCUGCUGAUCAACAAUGGUGCUGAUGUCUCUGUGCAGAAUAAAGAAGGGAAGAGUCCGUUGCACAUGGCUGCCAUGUACGGACGCUUCACAGGCUCCCAGAUUCUGAUCCAAAAUGGUGGGGAGAUCGACUCUGUUGACAUGUAUGGGAACACUCCUCUUCAUGUUGCAGCAAGAUACGGGCAGGAGUUACUGAUCAGCACUCUGUUGACAAAUGGUUCUGACAAGGCCAAACAAGGGGUUGAUGGGAUGCUUCCUCUACAUUUGGCAGCACUCUAUGGGUUCCCAGACUGUUGCCGGAAGUUGCUGUCUAAUGGUCAGUUUUACAUGAUGCCUUCCCCGACGUCAUCAAUUGGGUUUGAUGUUAACAUUUUAGAUGACCACGGGAGGACCUGUCUGCAUGCUGCUGCCUCUGGAGGGAAUAUUGAGUGUCUGAACUUGCUGCUGAGCAGUGCUGCUGAGCUAGAUAUAAAAGAUAAUUUGGGAAGAUCUCCUUUGCACUACGCUGCAGCUAACGCUAACAGCCAGUGCACAAUCUCUCUGGUGAGAGCCGGUGCUGAGGUCAAUGAGCUUGAUCUGACGGGCUGCAGCCCUCUUCACUACGCUGCAGCUUCGCACACCUUCUGUGGAGGGGAAACACACUCAGAUCCUGAGUAUAGUUUGGAAAGGGAACAUGAAGCCUCACUCUGUUUGGACUACUUGCUUGACAAUGGUGCGAACCCGACUCUGAAGAACAGUAAGGGUUACAGUGCCGUCCACUAUGCAGCAGCUUAUGGGAACAAACAGCACCUGGAACUGCUCCUGGAGAUUUCCUUUAACUGUCUGGAAGAGGUUGAGAGUAAUAUUCCAGUCAGUCCUUUGCACUUAGCUGCCUAUUACGGUCACUGUGAGGCUCUGCAUCUGCUGUCUGAGACGUUGGUGAGUCUCGAUGUGCGGGACAUUGAGGGAAGAACUGCUCUUCAUUUGGCUGCCCGGAGAGGUUUUGCCCCCUGUGUGGAGGUGCUAGUGGAGCAUCAGGCCUCCUACACACUGAGAGACCAUAGGAACAAAUGGACUGCUCUCCACGCUGCAGCUGCUGAAGGCCAAAUGGACUGUCUGCUUUUAUUAGUCAACAGGGAACAAAGUGCUGACAUCAUCGACAGUCCAGAUACACAGGGACAGACGGCUCUCAUGCUUGCAGCCCUUGGACGUCACACCGACUGCGUCCACAUCCUGCUAGAGAAAGGAGCAAAGACUGACGCUGCUGACAAAAAGGGCUUUACAGCAUUACACAGAGCUGCCAUGUUGGGCAGUGAGGACUGUGUAUCUGCUCUGCUGGAACACGGGGCCUCUGCACUCUGUAGAGAUUCUCAGGGAAGGACCCCGCUGCACCUCGUGGCAUCCCUCGGCCACACCGAGCUCCUUACAAGUUUGCUAAAGGCUGCUGUGAAAGCUGACCCGCUGGACUCCAUAUUGGACUUCAGAGGCUACACACCCACACAUUGGGCUGCAUACCACGGACGUGAGGGAUGUUUACACAUUUUACUUGAAAACAAAAUGUUUAACAACCAGGAAGGGAAUCACUUCACCCCAUUGCACUGUGCUCUAGUUAAUGGACAUGGCGUCGCUGCUGAACUUCUGGUGAAGGCAGCUGGCCCCCAAAUUGUUCAUGUUAAUGAUGCCAAAGGGAGGACCCCACUGCAUGCAGCAGCUUAUUCAGGGAAUGUUGCUGGGCUCCAGCUGGUCUUGGCCCAGACAGCAGAUGUCAAUGUUGUGGACCAUUGUGGGUGCUCUGCUCUGAUGGUUGCUGCCGACUGUGGACAGACAAGGGCUGUUGAGUUCUUGCUGCACAACGCGAAGCCAGACCUGACGCUGGUGGAUGUCAAUAAUAACACUGCCCUUCACUUAGCCUGCAGCAAGGGUCAUGAGAUGUGUGCUCUAUUGAUCCUUGGUGAGAUCGCCGACUCCUCUCUCAUAAAUGCAACAAACAGCGCUCUCCAAAUGCCCCUUCACAUUGCAGCAAGAAAAGGCCUGGCGACAGUAGUGCAGGUGUUACUGAGCAGAGGAGCAGCAGUCAUGGCUGUAGAUGAGGAAGGACACACACCAGCUUUGGCCUGUGCACCGAACAAGAACGUGGCAGACUGUCUGGCCCUGAUCCUCUCCACCAUGAAGCCUUUCCCUCCCAGAGAGGCCGGUACUGGGGCAGCCUCCCACUUCAACUCCAUCCUAAACUGUGGCAUCGCUUCCACUUGCGGGUCCAAUGGUAACCUGUGUCAUGCCUAAGUAGGACAGGCACUAUGGGCCCGCAAGAAUGAUCCUCAAUCUUAGUGUAACUUAAAGUCCCCACAGAUUUACCCCACACACGCACAGGAAUGUGUGAUCAUGAAUAGCACCAUGACAUUUACAUGUGUGUGUGUGUCUGCAUGUACGCAAUGUACUCUUGCACCAGUAGCAUUGAAUGCUUCUUUAAAGUCUAGUCUUACACAUCUCUAUUAUUAGCUUACCUCUCAGAUUAUGUUCUCUGUGACUUGAGUUUAGUUUAGCACAUUUGUUAUUUUAAUGGAGUACUAAUAUGAGAAAUGAAUGGAAGUUUUAAUGAGCACACUACAAAAGCCCCUCCACACUUGAACCUGACAAGUGCACAGACACCCUGAUGAUUGUGUGUUUAAUCUACGUGAGUGUGUGUGUGUCUGAAAGUGUUACUUUGCGUAUUAGACCUUGCUUCUUAAUGAAUUAAAAACUCUUAACAGGUGCUGUUAACCUUUUAUGCAAUUUAUGAAACUCUAUUUUCUUAUCUUAUCCAGAGUGUAGCAAGCACUACGCAGAUUUAGAUAAGCUUAUUAUUCCAAUAAUAUCAUGACUUAUAUUUCAGUUUAGUAAACGUUACAAGCAUGUGUAUAAAUAGGGUAAACAGAGUCUAGUGUAAAUAUAGUUUUUUAAAAAGAAGUUUAUCUUUCACUUGUACUAUCCAGAAUCCCAAAUUAUCCAGACUUUACCUCAGGCUAGUGUCGGCUGUUCUGUGAAUGCAAUAAAAAGCACAGUUUGAGAUAAAUAUUACAUUACAAAGACAGGUAUCAUGUGUAAGUUCAAUAAGCCAGAGAAUAAAACAAAGAAUAGAGUCAACAUGUGUUUGUACGAACCGUCAAAGCUCAAGGGGAAUAUAAUCCUUCUAGUUUCAAGCAGUGUUGCUUUCCUGUUCAUCUGCAACUUUUGAUUUACUGCUUGAUUCUUUUGAAGUUUGGAUAUCCCAAAGUGAUGUCUUACAGUUUUAUAUGAACGGCAUUUGAAAACCCAAAGAUAUUUGAUAGACAGAUGGAGGACUAAGAAGUGCAUUACAUUUCUCAAUCUCAGAAACUGAAACCAGAAAAUGUUGAUGGUAUUUGUCAACAAAUAAUGCUUUUACUUUUGAAAUAGUCUAGUACAAUACACUUUUACAGGUACAAAGCUGUCACUGCCUUUCUCUCUCUUUUUCAUAAGUGGAAAUGUGCAUGAAAUAUUUUAUCUUAGGACAUUCUGAGAGCUGUAAACACAGAUAUACUUAGAUAUAUUGUAUCCUUUUUAAAUGGCUUUAUAGAUUUGCACUCUGACCUGAAAGUUUAUACUUUACACUAGGUUAUCCAGCUUUGGUUUAUGCAAACAAAUAAUCAAAUUUUUAAGUCGGUUCAACAAAUUUAACUUUCAACUAAUUGAAAGACAACAGGUAUUUUUAGUAUUUCAUUUAUUCCUUUGAUGAAUUUCGUGGGGAAAGAGGUUUGACAUUUCUGAACACUAGUAGCAGUGAAAUCUGUUAUCUCUCCAGGAAUCGCUGUGUCGCAGCUUUUCAUAGAAUAGAAUAGAAUAGAAUAGAAUGUACUUUAUUAGCCCCUGAAGGGAAAUUCAGGUGUCUAGCAGAUAAAAUUAUAAAAAUCACAUAAACAAGUAAUUCAGGUGUCUGUCAGCUCACCUCCCAUUGGCUAGAGAGUUCUAAAGACUAAUGGCUGCAGGGAUGAAUGAUUUUCUGUAUCUCUCAGUCCUGCAGCGCAGAGAGAUGAGCCGUCCACCUCUGCUGUUUCUCUGUUCCACAAAGAAGUUGUGAAGUGGAUGAUCUGUGUAAUUUAGAAUGGCCUCUAGCUUUUUCUGUUUGCAUCUCUCCACCACAGCCCCCAGUGAGUCCAACCUGGUUCCAAUCACAGUGCCAGCUCUUUUCACUAGUUUGUCUAGUCGCCUCGCAUCCUUGUGUUUUAUACUGCUCCCCCAGCAGACUGCAGCAUAGAAUAACACACUUGCCACCACAGACUGAUAAAACAUCUGCAGCAUCUUUCUGUUAGUGGAUAAGCUUUCAUGUUAACCAAUACUUCAGGGUGUGACUCACAACUUGAAUUUUUUGGGUGAAUUUAGUUGUAAAUGGAAAAGAGUCAAUAAAUAAAUCAGCAAUAUCUGAA